AUGACGCCGCUCCUCGUCCUUGGCCGCGCCAGGCUCUCCUUCCUACUGCGCCAGCCCUUCGGCUUCACCAGUGCGAUCCCUUACGGCGCCGCGGGCGGCUACAGGACGUUGAGGCGGAUGGGCUGGCGAGUAGAGACCACGCCUCACUUUUUCACAGGGGGGAUCCGCUUUUCGCUGCGCAUGCUCGAGCCCCCGGCGAGGGCUUCCUGGGCCGUCGCGGAGCGGGCCUGGGUCGCUGAGGCGGCGGUGCUCUCCGAGGUGAUUGCCUCGACGGGCCUCGAGCUCAUCCCCAGCGGCCCGACCUUCAAGGCGCGGUGCCCGUUCCACAAGGGAGGCGAAGAGCGCACGCCGUCGCUGAGCAUCGACGACCGGACCGGCUACUGGAAGUGCUUCAGCUGCCAGGAGGGCGGAGACGCGGACGGCUCGCUCUUCGACCGGUUCGCCGGCCGCCUCGUCAUCCCCAUCUCCUCCUCCUCCGGCGACGUGGUCGGCUUCGGCGCCCGACUCUCGGACGUGUUCAAGAAGUCGGAGCUGCUGUACGCGCUGCCCGUCGCGCGGUCCGCCGCGCGGCGCGCCGACGCGGUCGUGCUCGUCGAAGGGUACAUGGACGCGAUAGCGCUGCACGCGGCGGGCGUCGAGAACGUGGUCGCGUGCCUCGGCACGGCCAUCUCCGAGGCGCAGCUCGAGAUGGCCGCCCGCCUCUCCCCCUCGCGCGUCGUGCUCCUCUCGCUCGACGCCGACGAGGCCGGCCGCGCCGCCGUCCGCCGCCUCGCCCAGCGAGGCACGCUGCAGAGGCUCGACGCGCGCGGCGCAACCACACGCGUCGCGUCGCUGCCCGCCGGAUGCAAGGCGCCGAGGCGCGGCGCUGUCUCGGAGCUGGCCUCGCUGCUGGCGUCGAUCCCGCCCGGCGCGCGGCGGCUGCUUCACACGCGCACCUUCUCGCUCACCCUCGCCGGCGGCGACCGGCGCUUCGCCGAGAGGAUCGAGGCGUUGCUCGAGGGGUGGCCAGCCGCGCACGACGGCGCCCCCGGUGUCUGCGCCGCGGCGGCCUCACGCGACGCGUCUGCCGCCGCGCUCGCCGAGCACGUCUCUCCGCCGCACUCUUUCGAGCGGCGCGCACGCGCGCGCGCAGAGGUGCUGGCGCUGUACGCCUUGCUCGCGGAGCCGUCGUUGCGCGAGCCGGACGGCGGCGGCGGCGGCGAGGGACGCGAUGCAGACGGGCCGCCAACGGCUGCCGACCCCGCCCUCCUCGAGACGUGGCCCGAGCUGGCGGUGCUACGAGACCCCUCGCAGCGGCUCGCCGACACCGCCACCGCUUGGGCCGCCGGCGAGGAGGGCGCAGCGAGCUGCUCUGACGACGGGGCGGACGGGGCGGGCGCGCUGUCGGCGGACGCCGAUGCCCUGGUCCGCAAUGCCGCCGCGUUCGGUCUUGAGGCACCGGCACAGCCCAGCACUGCCGACUGCGACUGCUGCGACUGGCCGGGCGCAGGGGUCGAGGGCCCAGAAGUAGUAGGCAGCUGACGCAGGAACGCUAGUUGUGACACGUGUUUCCGUGACAGAGUGAGUACUGACGUCCUGGACUGUACGUAUAACCGCCACAGGUAGAGAUGGAGAGCUCUGAGUCUGUGUCGUGUGUAGGGAGAUGUGUGUUAAUUCCGGCAUGUACCAUGUGUUG